UUUUUAUCUUGUUUUAUACGUCGCUCCGUGCGCGUCCCCGGCCACAGGCGGAAGAUGGCGGCCUUUGGUAUACUCAGUUAUGAACACCGGCCGCUAAAAAGACCAAGAUUAGGACCGCCUGAUGUUUAUCCACAAGAUGCCAAGCAAAAGGAGGAUGAGCUUACAGCUCUUAAUGUGAAGCAGGGAUUUAACAAUCAACCAGCUGUAUCUGGGGAUGAACAUGGCAGCGCUAAGAAUGUUAACUUUAACCCUGCCAAGAUUAGCUCCAAUUUCAGCAGUAUUAUGGCUGAGAAGCUGCGGUGUAAUACUCUACCAGAUACUGGCCGCAGAAAACCACAGGUUAAUCAGAAGGACAACUUUUGGCUGGUUACUGCUCGCUCCCAGAGUUCCAUCAACAACUGGUUCACUGACCUUGCUGGCACCAAACCACUUACACACCUUGCCAAGAAGGUUCCAAUAUUUGGUAAGAAGGAAGAAGUAUUUGGAUUCCUGGCUCGUUAUUCUGUGCCAGUAAUGAGGGCGGCAUGGUUAAUUAAGAUGACGUGUGCAUAUUAUGCUGCAAUCACGGAAACAAAGGUGAAGAAAAGACAUGUCAUGGAUCCAUUCAUAGAGUGGACACAAAUUAUUACCCGCUAUCUAUGGGAGCAGCUACAGAAGAUUGCAGAGUAUUACCGCCAGUUGUCAGGAGGCUGUGCUCCCCCUACAGGACCCAUGCCCUUGGAAGUGGAGAUGGCACUAAAACAGUGGGAAUAUAAUGAAAAGCUUGCCAUGUUUAUGUUCCAGGAUGGGAUGUUGGAUCGACACGAGUUUCUUACAUGGGUUCUCGAAUGUUUUGAAAAGAUCCGUCCAGGAGAAGAUGAACUCCUUAAACUUUUGCUCCCUCUACUACUUCGUUAUUCAGGUUCCCUGGUUCAGUCUGCCUACUUAUCACGGCGCCUGGCCUAUUUCUGCACAAGGCGGCUGGCACAGCAGUUAGAAGGUAGUGGAGGACACUCAGGACAUCUUAUGACCGCACAGACAGCUGCUGCUUUGCCUCCUGCCCCAGCACCCCCUCCUCCCUCAGGUUCUGCUCCUUCCUCUCCAUUCAGUGACCUUCUACAGUGCCCUCAACACAGGCCUUUAGUUUUUGGACUUAGCUGCAUGUUACAGAGCAUUGUCCUUUGCUGCCCUAGUGCACUUGUCUGGCAUUAUUCUUUGACUGAUAACCGGAUUAAAACUGGGUCACCUUUAGAUCAUCUCCCCAUUGCUCCCUCUAAUUUGCCAAUGCCAGGAGGCAAUUCUGCUUUUACUCAGCAGGUGCGCAGGAAGUUGCGGGAAAUGGAACAACAAAUAAAGGAACGUGGACGAGCAGUGGAGGUUCGAUGGUCUUUUGAUAAGUGUCAAGAAGCCACAGCAGGUUUUCCCAUUGGCCGGGUGCUUCACACUCUAGAGGUUCUUGACAGUCACAGCUUUGAGAAAUCUGACUUCAAUAAUAACCUUGACUCGCUUUAUAAUCGUAUCUUUGGACUUGGGCCAGGCAAGGAUGGACAUGAGAUCUCCCCAGAUGAUGAUGCUGUAGUCUCUUUACUUUGUGAAUGGGCAGUGAGCUGCAAGCGUUAUGGGCAUCAUCGUGCAUUAGUUGUGGCAAAACUGCUAGAGAAAAGGCAGGCAGAGAUUGAAGCUGAGCGAUGUGGAGAAACAGAGGCUGUGGAUGAGAAGGGAUCAGUGUCUUCAGGUUCAUUGUCCGCUCUCAGUGCCCCACCUGUGUUUCAGGACGUCUUGCUACAAUUCCUUGAUACACAAGCCCCAGUGUUAACUGAUCCAGCCAAUGAGGGGGAACGUGUAGAAUUUUAUAACUUGGUACUGCUCUUCUGUGAGCUAAUCCGACAUGAUGUGUUUUCACACAACAUGUAUAUGUGCACGCUUAUAUCCCGUGGGGAUCUUGGGCUGGAUCCUCAUGCACCCCGACCUCGUUCACCUUAUGAGGAUCCAUCAGAUGAUGCUGAUCACAAGGAGGGAGAGGCCAGCAGUAGCAUCAAACUGGAGGACACUACUCUCUCAGAAACCAUGGAUAUUGAUCACAGUUCUGGGCCUUUAUUUGAUGAAAUGGAGAAGAGUGAAUUCCCGAUGUUUUCACCUGCAGUACGCUGUGAUGGUCGGAGCCCAGCUCCUGAGGAGGGGGAAAGAGAAGUGCGGCGUCCAGUGAAGGGUGCAGAGGGGAUUCUGACUGCUUUGUAUGAGCAGCCACGGCAUAUCCAGUAUGCAACUCACUUCCCCAUCCCUCAGGAGGAGUCAUGCAGCCAUGAGUGUAAUCAGCGGCUGGUGGUGCUGUUUGGGGUGGGGAGACAAAGAGAUGAUGCUCGUCACACUAUAAAGAAAAUCACACGAGAUAUCCUGAAGGUGCUUAAUCGUAAGAGCACUGCAGAAACAGGGUCAGAUGAGGGGCAACGCAGGCGAAGGGUGAAGCCAGAAGCUUUUCCCACUGCAGAAGAGAUUUUUUGUCGAUUUCAACAGCUUUCUCACUUUGACCAGCACCAAGUCACUGCUCAGGUCUCUCGGAAUGUUCUAGAGCAAAUCACAAGCUUUGCCCUAGGUCUAUCUUAUCACCUCCCCCUGGUGCAACAUAUUCAGUUCAUCUUUGACUUGAUGGAAUAUUCUCUCAACAUCAGUGGGCUCAUUGACUUUGCCAUCCAGCUGCUGAAUGAGUUGAGUGUGGUAGAGGCAGAACUCUUGCUGAAGUCCUCCAGCCUUGUUGGCAGCUACACAAUGGGUCUGUGUCUGUGCAUUGUGGCCGUUCUUCGGCAUUAUCACACCUGCCUGAUCCUCAACCAGGAGCAGACAGCACAGGUCUUCGAGGGGUUGUGUGGGGUGGUGAAACAUGGAAUGAAUCGUUCAGAUGGGUCCUCAGCUGAGCGUUGUAUCUUGGCUUACCUGUAUGACUUGUAUACAUCAUGCAGCCAUCUCAAAAGCAAAUUUGGAGAGCUGUUCAGUGAUUUCUGCUCAAAGGUGAAGAAUACUAUUUAUUGCAACGUGGAGCCCUCAGACUCUAACAUGCUCUGGGAACAGGAAUUCAUGUUGGACACGAUAAUUAAUCCUUCUGCUCACAGCUUCAACUGUGGCAUGCUGGGAAAACUAUUGAGCGAUUCUCCAACUAAUCGCUACAGCUUUGUAUGUAAUGCUCUUGUCCAUGUAUGUGCUGGAGACCAUGACACAGACAGGGUGAAUGAUAUUGCCAUUCUCUGUGCAGAGCUGACAGGGUCCUGCAAAGCUCUAAGCUCCGAGUGGCUGGGUGUCCUUAAAGCCCUCUGUUGCUCAUCAAAUAAUGGAACAUGUGGAUUUAAUGACUUGCUGUGCAAUGUUGAUGUUAGUGACCUUUCUUUCCAUGAUUCACUUGCCACCUUUGUUGCAAUCCUUGUUGCUCGCCAAUGUCUGUUACUGGAAGAUCUAAUUCGUUGUGCAGCUAUUCCUUCUCUGUUAAAUGCAGCUUGCAGUGAGCAGGACUCUGAAGCUGGCGCUCGACUAACAUGCCGCAUUUUACUGCAUUUAUUCAAGACCCCACAGCUGAACCCAUGUGAACCAGAUGGCAGUAAACCAGCAGUUGGCAUCCGCUCAUCUUGUGAUCGCCAUCUGUUAGCCGCUUCCCAGAAUCGUAUUGUUGAUGGAGCCGUCUUUGCAGUGCUAAAGGCUGUGUUUGUGCUGGGUGAUGCAGAGUUGAAAGGUUCAGGUUUUUCUUUACCGGCGGGAACUGAUGAUAUCACUGAGGAGGACUUGGCAAACAAGAAAGCAGGGGGUCGGGCUGUAUCCAUUGAAACCGCUAGUCUUGAUGUUUAUGCAAAAUAUGUUCUUCGCAGUAUCUGUCAGCAGGAAUGGGUUGGAGAGCGUUGUGUACGUUCUUUGUGUGAGGAUUCAAACGAUCUGCAGGAUCCAGUCCUCAGCAGUGCUCAGGCCCAGCGCCUAAUGCAACUGAUCUGUUAUCCGCACCGACUUGGUGAUACAGAGCAAGGGGACAACCCUCAGAGACAGCGCAUCAAACACAUUUUACAGAGUUUGGAUCAGUGGACUAUGCGUCAAUCUGCACUGGAGCUCCAACUAAUGAUCAAACAGACAUCAACCAAUGAAAUGAAUUCUUUGCUUGAAAAUAUUGCUAAAGCCACAAUUGAAGUAUUCCAGCAAUCUGCAGAGAGUGUUUCAACAGCGCCCCCAAAUAAUGCCCCUCUUAGCAUUGCUGCACCUACCAGUGGGCAGCCCAAUGCCAAGUCCAAACCAGUGCUAAGUGCUAUAGAAAGAUCUGGUGUUUGGUUGGUUGCACCACUGAUAGCUAAGUUGCCCACAUCUGUGCAAGGUCAUGUUUUAAAGGCAGCUGGUGAGGAGCUGGAGAAAGGACAACAUCUAGGUUCAUCAUCCCGCAAAGAGCGUGACCGUCAGAAGCAGAAGAGCAUGUCCCUGCUCAGCCAGCAGCCAUUUCUGUCAUUGGUGCUAACGUGUUUGAAAGGACAAGAUGAGCAAAGAGAGGGGCUUCUUACCUCACUGUACAGUCAGGUGCAGCAGAUUGUCACUAACUGGAGAGAGGAUCAAUAUCAAGAUGACUGCAAGACACCUCAACUACUGCAUGAUGUCUUGAAACUUAGACUCAACCUGGUCGGCGGAAUGUUUGACACUGUCCAGCGCAGCACUCAGCAGACAACCGAGUGGGCUGUACUUCUACUAGACAUCAUUAGCAGUGGGACCGUAGACAUGCAGUCUAACAAUGAGCUCUUCACUACCGUACUGGACAUGCUAAGCGUACUGAUUAAUGGAACAUUGGCAGCAGAUAUGUCCAGCAUCUCUCAAGGUAGUAUGGAAGAGAACAAGAGAGCAUAUAUGAAUCUUGUGAAGAAACUCAGGAAGGAGCUAGGUGAUCGCCAGUCUGAGAGCCUAGAGAAGGUGCGUCAGCUGCUGCCUUUACCCAAGCAGACAAGAGAUGUAAUAACAUGUGAGCCUCAAGGAUCUCUUAUUGACACCAAGGGCAACAAGAUAGCUGGUUUUGACUCCAUAUUCAAGAAAGAGGGCCUGCAGGUCUCCACCAAGCAGAAGAUCUCUCCCUGGGACCUGUUUGAGGGCUUGAAGCAGUCUGCACCACUGUCCUGGGGCUGGUUUGGAACAGUGCGUGUGGAUAGACGUAUUUCUCGCUUAGAGGAGCAGCAGCGUUUGCUUCUUUACCACACCCAUUUAAAGCCUAAGCCACGCACUUACUACCUGGAACCUCUUCCUCUGCCACCUGAAGAUGAAGAGCCUCCUACCCCCACAAGUAUUGAACCUGACAAAAAGCUCAGUGAACCCCUCAAAGUUGACAAAAGUGCAGUGGGAAGUACAGGUAGCAGUGAGGAAAAGAAAAGAACUAAGAGCAAAAGUAAAAAAAGCCGCCAGACAGCAAGCAAGAACGAGGAUUUUGGUCUUGGUACAGGUCGCCCUGUACCCUAUGUCCCCACAGAACUCUUGCACCCUCAGGGAGGUGGACCUAUGUCCCGCCUCACUUAUGUGGGACCAGGUGUAGGAAUGCACACCCAAAACCAGCCACUACCCCCUGGGGGUCCACGUUUGGACAGCACAUAUAGAUCACCUCGGAUGCCAGUGGUAAAAGUUGUACCAACCCGGCCACAAUAUGUUGGAGUUCCAUCUGGGGUCGGAACAAUGAUGGAACCAUAUAAACCUGUUAUUUACAAACCACAGCCUCCAAUUCCUCAAGGACAACUACUGAGGCAGCAUUUGCAGGCCAAACUGCAGGGGCAAGGAAUGAUGGCUCAGCCUGUCCGUCAGAUGACACCAACCCUUCAGUAUGGCUCCAUGCAGAGUAAUCCGGGUUACACAUCAUAUAACUCUCACAUAGCCAUGCAGCAACACCCUCCUCAAUCUCAGGGCGGUGCAUUGGUUCCUCCAGCCUACAGCACCCAGUCAUACCCUACUUCCCUCCCCCCAUCAAGUGGUGCCCUCAUUGAUCCUGGGCGGCAGAUGCAGCAGAGACCCAGUGGAUACGUGCACCAGCAGGCUGCUGGUUACAGUCACACUGCACCUAGCGGACAGAGAUUCCCACACCAGCAGAUGCAACAGGCCAGCAUGAUUACAGGCAUGGGUCAUAUAACAGCACAAGCUGUACAGGGUCCUAUCCGAACCAACCAGAUGUUACCUGAGCAGCAGCAACAACAACAGCAGUAUAUCAGACAGCAAAUACUAAGGCAGCAGCAACAGCAGCAGCAGCAACAACAACAACAGCAGCAGCAGCAACAACAACAGCAGCAGCAGCAACAACAGCAGCAGCAGCAACAGACUCAGGCUCCACCACAACCACAGCCCCCUCCCCAGCAAGUAGCAAAUGUACCACAGAGCCAGACACAGGGACAGCCGUCUGGACUUGGCAUGCAGACCCUGCCCCCACAGCAACCAUUGUUUCAGAGACAAGGUUUGCAACAGACGCAGCAGCAGCAACAAACAGCAGCGCUUGUACGGCAACUGCAGCAGCAACUAUCCAAUACACAGACACAGCAAACUUCCAAUCCGUUUGGACGCUUUUGAUCAAGAAAUGGCUACAACCUACAGCUAUGUGGCUCCAUCCUAGUUGUGAGACAAGAUACAGAGCUGCAGAUGUAGAAGUUGUACAGUAUCUGGAAAGAUAAUUAUGUGGCUCAUGUGAGAAACUGAAAGAAUAUGCCACAUGUCUUGUGAACUCCAUAUAAAAUCAAAUCAAGGAGAGACCUUGGAGCUGGAUAAAACCCAAUCAAAGAUUUAUUUGGGUUGCUCUGAAAGCUGAGGAAAGACCAAAGUGUCUUGUGGACAUUUUAUCUUUUAAAAGUUUUUAGUAUUUUGUUAACCAGAUGAUUAAAUUGUCAUUUUCUAAUUUAUUUAAAAGACCACUUGAUCUCCGCCACUGUAUGUGUACCGUUUAAGGCUCUGUACUGGUUUGGAGUGUGAUAUCUACAACAUUUGGUUGCUUGGGAGUAAGUUUGUUGCAUCAAGUGUUAUCUGAUGUUGCAUUUAAAGCCAGUGAGCAGGACUUUGCUACCACACCCAGUAAUGCUCACCUGAUAAAUGUUUCAGCCACUCUGUUUCUGCCAUUUUGGAAUACCUCUUAACACACUUAUCAGUUACAUGUAGCAAAGGGAUGUCCAUCCAUACUGAAUGAGAGCAUAAUGGAUUUUCUCCUUUCAGAGCACUUUUAAACAACCAUUUAGAACUUCUGUUAAUCUAAAAAAAAAAAUAUGAUUUUAUAUAAGUAAACAUCAAAAAGCAAA